AUGGGAUGUUGGAACAAAGAUCAGCUAAGUAAAACCAUAACUGGUUCUAUAUCAAGCCCUACAUAUAGUGUUGGCAUUGACAUCUUUCGAUCGGGUGAAAAUGGCUGUUAUAAUAUUGAAGCUAUCGUCUCAAAUAGAUUUUAUACAGCGAAGCGCCAUUAUAGUCAUUAUCAUGCAAGAUACAGGUCAGAGAACAAGAGUCGCAAUUUGUAUAACUUAAUUCCAGUUCAGCGAACACCAAUUCAAUUUACAAACAAGCCUGGUUUAAAAUUGCUUCAACUUGCUGUCCUAAAUGCUAGAUCAAUAAAGAACAAAACACUACAAAUCAAAGAUUACACUGUGGAUAAUGAUAUAGAUAUUAUGGCUCUCACAGAAACUUGGCUUAAAGGUCAUGAUAAUUGUGAAUUUACAACGCGUGAUAUUUGUCCUUCAGGUUAUGUAUUUUCCCAUGUUCCAAGGGAAUUUGGCUCUGGUGGGGGAGUUGGCAUUAUAUUUAAGCACUCCUUAAAAAUUAAAAAACUUAAGACCGAAAAAUCAUUUAAAUCAUUUGAGCUGAUGCAAUUACUGCUUCAUAAGAACUCCGUGACUACACGUAUUGUGGUAAUCUACCGCCCUCCCCCAUCAUCAAUUAAUGGUUUUACAGUUAACUUGUUCUUUGAUGAAUUUUCAUCUCUCCUGGAGUUAUUGGUAUCUUCCUCUGGUAAAUUGCUCAUAACCGGGGACUUUAAUAUCCAUGUUAACGAUACAACUGAUGCAACUGCUCUUAAGUGUCUGGACUUACUUGACUCGUUCAAUCUUAUACAGCACAUUAGCACGCCAACACAUAAAAAUAGUAACACUUUGGAUCUCAUUGUCACCAGAUCAGAUGAAGAGACUGUCUGCAAUUUAUCUGUCAAUGAUCCUGUCAUUUCAGAUCACUUUGUUUUACAUUGUAACUUGAAUUUGGCUAAACCUACUAAAAUUAAGAAAAUUGUAACAUGCAGGAAAAUUCGAUCAAUUAACACAGAAAAGCUGCGCAAUGACAUAAUCAACUCGUCACUAUACCUAUCGCCUCAGCCUGUUCUUUCGGAACUUUGUGACCAAUAUGACAAGGUUUUAUCUUCAAUCCUUGAUGAUCAUGCGCCACUAUUGACUAAAACCGUCAUCCAACGACCAGCAGCUCCUUGGUACAAUGAGGAUAUUGCAGUGCAAAAAUCGAAGAGGCGCAAGUUCGAACGAUGCUGGCGUCGUUCUGGUCUCCAAGUUGAUCUACAGGUUUACAUUAAUCAGUGUCUAUUGGUCAAAGAAUUAGUUAAUACUGCAAAAGCGAAUUAUUAUUCUUCCUUGAUUGAGGAAGCGGGAUCAGACAAUAAGAAACUGUUUCACACUAUUGAUCGUCUCCUCCAUAGACGUGCUGAGAAAUUCUAUCCGUCAUGUGAGUCGCUCAACGAACUGUCAACCCAAUUUAACAACUUUUUCACCAACAAAAUUGUCAACAUUAGGGAGGAAUUAGCCAAUGACGAACCCGCUCUGAUUCAUCUACCAGAAUGUGAUACUUCCCUCCCCCCUGAGUCGGAGCUGUUUACCUUCCCACCAACCACUGUGGAUGAAUUAUCAAAUUUAAUAUAUCCCAUCGCGUCCAAAUCAUGUGUCCUUGACCCAUUACCAGCUAAAUUACUUAUUCCUCAAAUAAAUGAUCUUCUACCAGUUAUUUGUAAAAUUGUCAAUUUAUCAUUGGAAUCAGGUCAUAUGCCAUCUACUUUGAAAAAGGCUGUGUUAUCUCCGACCUUAAAGAAACCUUCAUUGGAUUAUCAGGAAUUUGUUAAUUUCAGACCGAUAUCGAAUCUUAAGAUGGUCUCUAAGGUGAUUGAAAAGACCGUAGCCUCUCGUUUAAUCAGUUACCUUGACGAAAACAACCUACAUGAACCAUUCCAAUCUGCAUAUAAACGAUACCAUAGUUGUGAAACUGCUCUGAUUAGAGUACAGAACGAUAUCCUACGUGCUUUGGAUAGUCACAACUGUGUUGUACUUCUACUCCUCGAUCUGUCUUCUGCAUUUGACACAGUAGACCAUGAAAUUUUGAUUCACCGUUUAAGAACUAGAUUUGGCAUAAAAGGAAAAGCCUUGGAUUGGCUUCGAUUGUUCUUGACUAAUCGCUCUCAGUUCGUGAAUAUUGAUGGUUCUAAGUCUGAAACACGCAACAUGACAUGUGGUGUUCCUCAGGGUUCUGUGCUUGGCCCAAUUUUGUAUGUACUCUAUACAUCACCCUUGGCUGAUAUUCUACGGCGUCAUAACAUGCUAUUUCAUUUCUAUGCAGACGACACCCAGUUAUAUACUUCAUUUGCAUGCAAUGA